UGUAUCCACCUCUCCAUUACAGAAGGUAGGGGGACACUAUUUAUAUCCCGCGCGAAUUCUUAAUUGCAUUAGUCAAGUAGCGAGCAUCUUGAGCAAAUCCGCAAUGAGCUCCUUGCAAUGGCUGCUCUGUUUAGCACUCCUCGCACAGUGUGCUAGGGCAAAACACUUGGGAAAAACCAGACCGAUUGAUGUGGCAGAUUUCUCUGGCAAGUAUGAGGCAAAUAAAGAAUUCGCUGAGGAUGAACUGUUAAAAAGCACUACAAUCUCCCCUGUCGAAUCUAAGCCUGCAGAAAAUUUCUCUGUUAAGGGAGACAAUACAAAAUACACCCAGGCAGAACUACCGCAAGACCACCAUGAUUCAAGCACAGAUACUGCAUUAACUUCGGAAAAAAUUAAAGGAGGGCCUGAUAACAAGAAUCAAGCCUAUGAAAUCGAGGAUCUGAAGUCAGGCUUGAAUGGUACACAACGGCGCUCGAGAAUAUUCGGAGGACAACUUGCUACUGUCACUUUCAACGUCUUAGUGGAAGGCACUGCUAUCCUUGCCGCGACAAAUAAGUUCUGCGGAGGUGCUAUUUUAUCAAAAUUCUGGGUGCUCACUGCCGCCCAGUGCGUCGUAGGGUACGCGCCUAUUACCGUGCAUACUGGCGCAACAACUGAUCCUCAGACCGUAGGCCCCUCAAUAGUUGCAACCCCCUACGUUCAUCCCAAUUUCGUACUCAAUUAUUUGUUGAAUGACAUCGCGCUGCUGAAGGUGAUUACAGCCAUCCCAUUGGGAGCGGCGGCUAGUUCAAUCCUACUUUCAACUUCUACUGUCCACAGUUUGGGAACUAUCGAUUUAAGGGCCUAUGGUUGGGGACCGGCAGACGACACCGUGGCAUUGCCAGCACCUGCUGACUUAAUGUUUGUCGACUCGAGAAGUGUGAAAAGCACCACCGAUUGCCCAAAUCAAUUAUUAGGAUCGUAUGUGUCGUACCCACCAAACACUGGCUGUUUGAGCUCUGCCUCCGCAACGGAAGGCGUCUGUUAUAUUGAUGCUGGUUCACCCGUCACUUACAUCGAUGACACAGCUGGAACUGAGAAAAUUGUCGGCAUAAAUUCUUACAGCUUUGGCUGCCCCAGUCUCUAUCCGAGCUCGUUCACUUUGGUGGCACCCUAUGCUAAAUGGAUCAAGGCCACGACAAGGCUGACAUUCACUUAAUAUAAUUUGAAUAUAUGAUAACACGAAAUAGAUACAUGAUGCGUUCUUGGUUUUUGGUAAAAUAACAAUAAAAAAACUGGAAAUAACGCACUAAAA